GAAGCAAGUGCAGUGGUGUCCGAGAGGUAUGGUUAUAGAACAUGAAAUAAGUUGUACGGUGCAUUUCAUCAGCAAAUAGUCUACGUUUCAUCAGCUAAUGUUUGCAACUAGUGGAAAUAUUACGUCCAUUCAGCGUGAAAGUGGUUCUUAAAGCAAAGAAAAAAAAAGUUCAAAACAGACAGGACGCAAUCCCUUAGGCCAAAAUGUCGGAGGACACCCGUGCAAGGAUUCAGGUGUUCCGACCGACCUGGGAAGAGUUUAAGGAUUUCGCCAAGUACAUCGAGUACAUCGAAUCUCAAGGAGCACAUAAAGCCGGCUUAGCAAAGAUAAUUCCGCCCCCAGAAUGGAAACCCCGAAAAAAGGGCUACAAUUUGGACGAUAUAAACCUCACGAUUCCUUCGCCCAUUUGCCAGGUCGUGGCAGGAAAGCAAGGAUUAUACCAGCAACUCAACAUUCAGAAGAAUCCUUUAUCCGUCAAACAAUUCAAGGAGUUGGCGCUCUCCGAAAGAUAUAAUACCCCAAAGCAUACGGACUUUGAAGAUUUAGAGCGAAAAUAUUGGAAGAAUAUAACCUACGUCGCUCCCAUUUAUGGUGCUGACAUUUGUGGCAGUAUUACUGAUACUGAUUGUGAUGUAUGGAAUAUAAAUCGGCUAAGGACGAUUUUAGAUUACGUGAAUGAAGAUUACGGUAUUUCCAUCGAUGGAGUAAACACAGCGUAUCUAUACUUUGGUAUGUGGAAAACGACAUUCGCAUGGCACACAGAGGAUAUGGAUUUGUACUCGAUAAACUACCUGCACUUCGGGGAACCAAAAACGUGGUACGCCGUACCACCCGAGCAUGGGCGCAAGCUGGAGAAACUGGCGAAAGAUUCCUUCCCGGCGAGCAACAAAACCUGCUCGUCGUUUCUUCGCCACAAGAUGACGCUGAUCAGCCCGCAGAUACUGAAGCAGCACGGUAUACCGUUCGACAAGGUGACACAGGAGGCGAAUGAGAUUAUGAUCACUUUCCCGUACGGGUAUCAUGCUGGAUUUAACCAUGGCUUCAACUGCGCCGAAUCGACCAACUUUGCGAUGCCCCGAUGGAUCGAGUACGGCAAACGGGCAGCGCAGUGCUACUGUAGUACGGAAAUGGUGAAAAUUCUUAUGGAUACCUUCGUCAAGCGGUUCCAGCCCGAGCGUUACCUUUCGUGGAUGGACGGUAGCGAUUUCGGACCGCACCCGGAAGAUCCGACACACAUUGUCGGCCCGCCACCCCGAUUAAUCGAAGACGGUGAUGACCGGGAUGAAGGCAUCGAGUCGUUCUCGGAGGAGGGUGAACCGACACCGACGAUGAAGAAAGCCUGCAACCUUACGGUCAGCAUUCGCCAGAUGUCGUUUAAGGAGAAAAAUCCCGAUCUCGACCUGAGCGACAUUCAGAACAAUCCGCACCUGCCGGAAGACGUAAAGCAGUCGCUGAGUGGCAUUACCGGUGACGAGAUUAUGGGUGAUGGCGACGAGCAGAUCCCAAACGUGCCGAUAUCGGAGUUUAAAAAGUCUUCGUAUGAUCCGUUCGAUGAUGACGAUGAGGAACGGUGCUUUGGGAAAGGGCGGAAGUCGAAUCGUCGGAAAAAGGUGGACAGUGACUACGACGACGAUUGGUACUCAGCGAACGUAGUCAAACCGAAAAAUCGUAAAAUUACUUCAACCAAAAACAAGCAUCAGCAGCCGCAGCAGCGACAGCGGCGAAAGCAAAAACAGGAGGAACGUCAAGAGCAGCAGGAGCUGGUCGAAAGAAAGCAGCAGGAUUUGGCCAAUGCGGCCAGCAUGCGAAGAGCUCGACUAGACGCGAAGCAACGCGAACGAGAAGCGGAGCUUGCAAAACGUCAAAAGGCCCAAGAGGAGAAAUUGAGUGCGGAGAGGGCGAAACGUCAGCUCAAAAUAGCACAAGACAAGCUGAAGGCACUGGAGAAGCUUAAGAAAUCCAAGGAGCGGAAAAUAAAUCCACCACCGCCGCUACCAACGCCGGACCCGCUAGCGAUACGAAAGAGUCCGGGCAAGUUUGCAGGUAAAAUAUCACUGUUCAAAAAACAGACACCACGUAAGUCCGCUGUGAUGGGUAAAACGACUAAGCCAACAAUCAGUUCCGACGAUCCGUUAGCCGUUCGGAGCGGAAAAUCCAUGGCGUCUGGGAAACAUCCAGAAAACCGUUUACCUACGGUAACAGCCAGCGUUGCUGAACGGUCGGUGGAACCUUCGAAUGCUGAGAAAAAAUGUCCCAACGUAGUAAACCGUCCCUCCAGCAAUAAUUUGAGUAAUCCAAAGAGCCUAUCUCUCACCAAACACCAGAUAUCAUCCACCGGGCCGAGCUUGCUGUCGAAUGUGGUACCCAAACCUCAUGAUCCGAAGAGGACGCCCACCGAUGCACGCGUGGAGUCUUCUGGUAAAGUAGAAUCCGUUCCAAAACCAGGUUUCCCAGUUCCCAGCCCGUCGGUUAAAAGCGCUGCGCUUUCGUUCUCCAACAACGUGGCCAGCCGGGUCGCUUCCCCUCCAGUGGCUCGAGUAUGCAGUCCGAUCCUUCUGCCGGCUCCAAAAGCAAGAAAUCCAUCGCCGGAUCUGUUCGACAAGAGUAAAAACUUUAUUAAUGUAUUCAAUCAAUUCAUUACUAAAAAGAAUGACGGAGAGGUGACAGCAAAAGAAACCACUUCAAAGACCGUACCGAGUGCUAAAUCACCGGCCGCACAUCAAAUCGGACAUCAGCCCAUACAUUCCAGCAUUUUGCGGGUCCCGGAACCGGUACCGCCACUAGUCGUGCCAGCUGCGGUUCGAAACGUACAAUCCAUCCUGCUCAACGGUCAACUUACGUUGACGCGUAGGUUGUCAGACAUCGUUGCGGUAGGAGGAAAACAAUCUCCCAUCGUAGAGCAGCAACCAGAUGUGGAAAUUUUGGUGAGACCCAAAAGCAUCUUACCGCCCCAGCGAGUGAUGGCCCCAAGUUUCCCCACACCUCCUUGCACGGUUCCGAGGGAGGUUCUUCCGGUUGCAACGACCUCACUAAACAUUCACACCGUCGUGCCAUCGCCGCCCCACAGAAUAGGACAACCAAAUAUUGUACCGCAGGUGUGUCCGGCACCGGAAGUCAGGUUAAACGGCAUCACUGCUGCUCGACAAGCCACAUCUCCAUUCACUACUGUGCAUGCCACCCAAUCGUCGUACCAGCAGCCAGCUGGAAACUUUUCUGUUGUAAAUCACCUCGCAAACAGUGGUACAAUGCACGUAAGGGAUGCGAUUAACCUGAUGAAUACCAACACAUCGGCCUCGAUGGUGUACCAGGAUAUUCAUAACAUUCGUAACUGGCAGAUGCUUCAGCCUGGUGAGUAAGUCAAUGAGCGGAACGACAGAUUCUAGCUACAGAAGCAAUCUAGAUGUUGAUAAAGACUGCUCUACUUUUUAAAGAAUAAUAUAAUUUAGCAGAUGUGUACGGAAUAUAAUGCCAAUUAGUUUUAUUAAAUUUAAAAACGGUACGGUAAACGAAGCGGAAUCGUGAAUUACGCUACUAGAUCUGCCAAAAACAGGCCUGGCUUUCAUACCCUAUAAUGUGUAAUCUGAUCAAAGCAUAGAUCACGCCUGCGGCCUAAUAUUGAGGAUUUCGCAUCGUUUACCGUGCUUUAAAUCGUUUUAGUUUGUUCCAUCCCUACCGAUGGAACCAUUUUUCCUAACUACCAAAGUGUACCCAUUAUAUGUACAUCGAAUCGAAGACGAUACUUUACAACGUAUCGCUUCAUUUUGUGCUACGGGAUUUCGCUCAUUGUUUGCCAUUUUAUCCGUUUGUUAACAAAAACAUCCCAUUUGUGUUUCGAACAAGCGAUUCGAUUUAUUUUUAUUUAAACACCUUAUAUUUGUUCCGA